GCUGACGCAGAGACACGAUAUGCCACCAUCGAGCUUGAGAUGCUAGCCGUUGUCUGGGCAAUGUCGAAAUGUAGGCUAUAUUUAGCAGGCCUACAGAAUUUUACUCUGAUGACGGAUCACCAGCCCCUCAUACCUAUUCUGAACAGUUAUACGCUGGAUGCCAUCGAGAACUCUCGUCUCCAGCGCCUCAAGGAGAAAAUCUUGCCCUGCAUCUUUACAGCUGUGUGGCGUGCGGGUAAGUUGCUGUGCAUCCCAAAUGCAUUGUCUUGCGCCCCAGUCAGCCACCCCACACAGGAGGACGAGAUCUCGGGUGCUUCUUCCGCUGCUCAUCUUCGAACUGUCAUGGCUGUGAACGCCGUUACGCUUUCAGAUGAGUCUCCAGCUCAGGAUCCCGACAGGAUACUUCAGGAUCUUCGUGACGCAGCGAAAGCAGAUCCUGCGUAUACUCAUCUACUCGAUUGCGUCACAUCAGGAUUUCCUCGCAACAGAUAUGACCUUCACAAUUCCUUACUUCCUUAUUGGAAACUACGAGAAGAUCUCUACGCCGAUGGUGACCUUGUCCUGUAUGGAGCAAGGGUUGUAGUUCCUGCCGCUCUCCAUCGUCGCACCUUGUCCCACUUGCAUGACAGCCACAGAGGUGUGGAAGCAACCAAGCGCAGAGCAAGGCAGUCAGUUUUCUGGCCUGGCAUUGACUCUGAUAUUGCCAACACAGUCAGAGCUUGUGAGGCCUGUCAGACAUUGCAGCCAUCUCAGCCGCAGGAACCUCUAAUGAAUGAAGACAACCCGACAAGACCUUUCGAGUCCGUCUCAGCCGACUUCUUUGUUGUUGCAGGGAAGUCUUUCCUCGUCGUCGUUGAUCGCCUGUCAGGAUGGCCUGUUGUCGCACCCUGCCAAGGCGAUUGUACCGCUUCCAAUACUAUCAGGAUCUUCCGCCGCUAUUUCCGUGACGUUGGUGUCCCCCUUCGCCUAAGGACAGAUGGAGGCCCCCAAUUCACCAGCGCAGAUUCAAGGAUUUUAUGAAGCGAUGGGGAGUUCGACACAUGGUAACCUCACCCCACUACCCACAAUCGAAUGGUCACACUGAAGCCGCUGUGAAGUCGAUCAAGCACCUCAUCCUCAAAACAGCCCCAUCUGGCAACAUUGAUUGUGAAGCAUUUGACCGAGGCUUAUUGGAGCUCAGAAAUACUCCUAACUUUACUGGACGCUCUCCUGCCCAGAUCCUGUAUGGCUGUCCUCUCAGGUCAUGUAUCCCUGCCCACCCUCAAGCAUUCUCCAAGGAGUGGCAGGUCAAGACCGAAGAUUGUGACCGCCGUGCUGCCGCUUGUUACAAGCAGGUAAAGACCAAGUACGACAAGCAUGCUUACCCCUUACCCACGUUGAGUGUCGGACAGCAAGUUCGGAUUCAAGACCCGACCUCUCAUCAUUGGGACAAAGUUGGCACUGUCAUGGGUCAUGGAAGGUCAAGAGACUAUCAAAUUCGUCUCCCUAGUGGUCGUGUGUGGUGGCGUAAUCGUCGUUUUCUUCGCCUGGUGCCACCCACUAAUAGUGACCCCUUUCUCCCUGUCCCUGUGGCCCCUAGCCAGGACCUAGAAAGAGAGUCCUUAGUCAGUAUUCCUCCAGUAAACCCACGUCGUUCCCAAAGACUCAUGGAAAAGGAGUCCGCUCGAGAAUGCACUACGAGCGUGAGGGGAGGGAGGUGGGCCAUUGACUUGAAAUUCAGGCUUCCAAAGAAUAUGGUGUUCGCCUACAAGAGGCAACAGGAAGUGACAGGAAAUAAAGGAAGAAGAGAUCGUUUAUUAGAAAAGAAAAAUGAAUUGAAAAACGAAUAA